AUGGUCGAUUGGACUCUGAUCCAAAACGAUGCCAUGCUGCGGUCUAGCAGAUCCGCUCUCAUCACCAGCGUUGUACUCGCCAAUAUACCGAAACUGGUCCUCUCACUCUUGUAUUUCACCUACAACGGCCUGUUCACGUGCAUGCUCCUCGCCAGCGAAUGGAACUCCUACUCCCUUCGCCGCAAAGGUCUGCGCAUCUCCUCGGCGCGACCCAAAGGCGCACAGCGAUCGGGAUAUUUCCUCCAACUCCCCUUCCGAUUUAGCAUUCCACUGCCCGUGGCCAGCCUGUUGUUUCAUUGGCUGGUUUCCCAGAGCAUCUUUGUCGUCAACAACUCCAUACUCGAUUACACCGGCUCGCCCACUGCCUCGUUACCGGGUACCGUUGGUCAUCUCGUGACCUGCUCACCCAUUGCCAUCAUUUUUACCAUUUCUCUGGGUGUGCUUCUGAUAGUGGUGCUCUUGGGAUUUGGAUUUGGCGCGAGUUUCCGCACGGGUAUGCCCAUUGCCGGGAGUUGCAGUUUGGCCAUUGCGCCGGCUUGUCAUUCUGGUGGAUCUUGUGCACAGGGGGACGAUGGUGACGAAAUGUCAACAUCAACGCCAACAUCACAGCAGCCGCACAUGUGGGGAGAAAUACCAGGCUGUUAUCGUGACGACGAUAUGAUAACAAGCACACAGGCGUCUCUGAGACCGAAAAAUUCAGAUUCGGAGUCGAAUUUGAAUGCGUCUCUUCUGCGCAAAAACCCGACCUGUUUGACUGUCACCCAGUCAGGCGCUACUGACAUAUCCGGACAAAGCCUCGCUUCCAGACGAAGUCCAAACACGACACGCGUGGCGUUGAUGGGUCAUGAUAACGACACUCCCAACGACAACGACAACGAUGAGGCUAAAGAACCAGAGGGCAUAGAUGGAUAUUUACUCCGCCCUCGUCCUCGCGGAGACGACGACGACGACGACGUGAUGCCUUCUAUCGAACAGACGGAAAUGUGUAUCAGUGAUGUUAUGGGAAAGGCGGACCGAUCCAACAUUGAUGAUAAUACCAUUCCCAUUCCCAUUCCGCGACAUGAACCAGUUCCUCCCUCGUCAAAUGAGAAAGUUGGGCACUGCGGCUUCUCCGCGGGGCCCGUUACGACGCCCGUCGAAGGACGGAUUUAUGCUUGA